AUGAAACCGAACCCGAUUUUGGCCUUCAGCCUGUUGCUUUUCCGCUCGAUAGCAUUUGCUCAAACUGUGUCUCAGACAAUAUCAUACAGCACCGAUUCAAAUGGAAACACUUAUACUCUAACGAUCUCCGACUCGUCCACAAUCACAUCCGAGGCCGCCAGUACUGCCUCUGCCUCAGAUACCGAUGUGGGUUCAAGCAGUCUUUCCCAUGACUCUUCCACCGCUGGUAGCGUCUACAGUACCGCCACAACGACAUUCGCAACCAGCACAACUAGAGGUCUGCCAGCGAUUCAGACAAGAGAAUUCACCGGUCAGGGGUUACUGGUAGGAACUUGUGCACUUCCCCAGUUCACCAUCCUCACCUUUCCCGAUGGCGGAUCGAUCGAAGUUCCAUUAAUAGGCUGCUCGGACGACCGCCCUGACUGCUGCCCUUCUUUGAAUUCGGCGGAACCCGCAGCAGGAGGAACAAGUUCCACUACAUCCACCACAGGUUCAACGACAAGCCCGACUCCAACUGGUGUGGUCUCAAUAUUGAGCAAAUACCCAUUGACCGUUUGUCCGAGUGAUAUGGCGGAUCUUGAUCAGGUAUGCUGUCCCAUCGGCUUUUCUCGCUACGGGCAACAGAUCAUCGGCAAUCUGCCAUGUUUCAGCGUCCUCACAACGACAGUCUACUCUCCUGAUGCAUCCGUACUCGCUUCGAUAACUUCUGUCGUUGCGGCAUCUCUGUCAGCUGCAUCAACGACCAGUACACCGACUAUCAGCGUCAUUGUCAAUCAGGUAUUUGCACUAGGACUUCCCUGUGCUGAUGACGUCGAGGAAGAGCAUUCUGGCCUGAGCACAGGUGCCAAAGCUGGCGUCGGGGCUGGAGUUUGCGUUGGUGCUCUACUGCUCAUGCUAAGCAUCUUGGCAGGCUGUAUGGCUUGCCUUCGGCGAAGGAAGAAGUCUGACAAAGAUGUCGUCGCCUCUGAGCACCCCGUCACAGCUGGAGCGGUAGAAACCGCUGCCGGGGGACAGGAUGCGAAAAACCUCUCAGCGGCAACGACCAUGUCACCCGGAAGCCCUUCAAUGUACUCGGCGCUGCAGAUGCAAUCGCAGUUGCAGACACAAAUGCAUCAGUAUAGCCACUCCCACUCCCACGUCCCCGGAAUAGGAGGAGGAUAUGCAGACUCUCACGGCUACAGCGGGGCGUACGGACACGGCCAAGCACACAUGGUGCAGGACCAAUAUGGUGGAAUCUACAGCAUCCAGCCCGCAGUUAUGCCAGGCUCACCGAAUCAUCAGCAACAGCCGCAUCCGUAUCAGCACAGUGCGAGAUACCUGCCCCUCUUCCCCCAACCACCGGCACCACCAGCACCACCAGCACCACCGCUUCAGCUCUACCCUUAUCGACCAAAUCAGAUGAACCAGCCGAACGCAAGUUACCGGCAACAACACUCAAGACCACCGCCGAAUAUACCGGACCCCGUCGAAGCCGAUUCAGACAGUGACUUCGCGAAGCCACGCCACAUGUAA